GGUCGUGGAAAAAUAUCCGAGUUAGUUCAAUCUCUGUCAAAAUUCCAAGCAAUUUAGAGAUUGAACUUCCACGGUUUCUUGCUGAACGCUCAUUACAUCUUGUUGCAAUAUCCUUUGUCCUAGCGAUUAAACCAUCUUUUUUCUGUUGAUUGGUAUAUUUGUGAUAAACAGGAAAAAAUGUCGUUCAGCGGGACCCAACAGAAGUGCAAGGCUUGUGAUAAGACUGUUCAUUUCAUUGACCAGUUAUCUGCUGAUGGUAUUGCCUACCAUAAGACCUGCUUCAAAUGUAGUCACUGCAAUGGACAACUUUCGAUGAGUAGCUACUCAUCCAUGGACGAAGUUCUAUAUUGCAAGCCUCAUUUCGAGCAACUCUUCAAGGAGACUGACAGCUUUUCUAAGAAAUUUCAGACAUCUGGAAAGUCACAAACUGAAUUGACUAGGACCCCUAGCAAACUGUCCUCUAUGUUCUCUGGGACCGUAGACAAAUGUGCUGUAUGCACCAAAACUGUGUAUCCACUAGAGAAGGUUACCAUGGAGGGAGCGUUCUAUCACAAGUCAUGCUUUAGGUGUAACCAUGGGGGUUGCUUCCUCUCACCAUCAAACUGUGCUGCUUUGGAUGGCAUUCUUUACUGCAAACACCACUUUGCCCAACUGUUCAAGGAGAAGGGUAGCUACAACCACCUCACCCAGACUGCUUCACUAAAGAAAAAUGGAGCUCCAAUGCCAGAACCGAAACCUAAUGGAUCACAAGCAAAACAGGCAGAAGUAACAGAAGAAGCAAAACCAGUAGCAGAAGCAGAAGCAGCCCAAGAGACACAAGAUUCAGCCCCACAAGAGCAAUUAUGAUAAUUUGCACCAACCAUGUUGCAUUAAGUUUGUGUGUGGUGUUGGGAUUUUUAGAAGCAGGUCCAAGGGGCUUCUAUAAUUGUGUCACUUCCACCAAAUGCCAGAUGGAGGGAAACAUUUUCUUUGUAAAGCAUUUGAAUUGAAGUCUUGUGAAAUUGAAAGGCAUGUUGAACUGUGAAUUUCAAUAUAUUGAAGUGAGUCAAACUUAAUUUCCUCCGGCAAAUGCGACAAAAAAUUGUUCCAUCAUGUGAUUCUUUGUGGGUAUUCAUCAUCAAG